AUGGGCAAGAGCACCGUGAGUCGCAUGCUCGAGCAGCGCAACGUCCCGGUCUUGGAUGCUGACCAGAUGGUGCACGAGCUGUAUGCCGCAGGCGGGCUCGCUGUGGAGCCCAUCGGUGCCGCCUUUCCGACUGCUGUGACGGGCGGCGCCGUCGACCGCACGGCGCUGAGUGCCUGUGUGGUCGGCAACCCCGCCGCUCUGAGGCAGCUGGAGGACAUCGUACAUCCCCUGGUAAAGGCCCAGAGGUGUCUUGGACUAAGGCGGGCCGCCGAGUGGGGGGCGGAAGCCGUGGUCCUGGACAUCCCCCUCCUGUUUGAGACGGGGGCCGAGGCGGACUGCGACCUCACAGUAGCCGUCAGCGCCCCUCCUCACAUCCAGCGCCGGCGUGUCCUCUCUCGGAAGGGCAUGUCGCCAGAGAAACUGGCUUCCCUGCUGGCUCGGCAGCUGCCAGAUGCGGAGCGAUGCCGCAAGGCAAACGUUGUCAUUGAUACGGGGUGCAGCCUGAAGGAGACGGAGAAGAGCAUCGACGAACUUGUAAGCACCUUUCCCUCCCGCACCCGCAAGGCCUACUCAAAGGUCUCCACCGACGCAGGGUGA